AGCCAGGGGCGCAGCUCUGUCUAGAAUGGGCAGGGUGGGGGGCAGUUGCAUGGAAGCGAGGACCUCGGGCCUUGGCUUCAGGACCCUCUUGGGACUGAAAGCUUAGGCUGCAUCAAAAGCCAUUGAGCCGGGCCUGGGUGGGUGACACAGGCGAGACGUCAAGCGCUGGGGGCUGGGUCUGAGCCACGCCACGCCCAUGCGUGAAGGGGCGCGGCUGCGCAGCGCUGGCGCCGGUUGUCCCAGCUCCCCUCCCCUCCAGUCUGUGCAGGCCGGGCGGGGACCCGAGCUGCGAAGGAGCAGACGCUGGAGCGGUUGCAGGAGGACCCUGGGCUGCAUCUGCGGUUGCCAGGUAGGUGGAUGUGAGAGGCCUGCUCCUCCUCAUUCUCUAGAGGCCAUCCCGUCGCCGCUGGCACCAUGCUGUCCCCUCAGAGGGCUUUACUCUGCAACCUCAACCACAUCCACCUCCAGCAUGUCUCUCUGGGCCUGCACUUGUCCCGCCGUCCGGAGCUUCGGGAGGGGCCCUUGAGCACAUCCCCUCCCCCAGGUGACACUGGGGGCAAGGAGAGCCGGGGCCCCUGCAGCGGGACCUUGGUGGACGCCAAUUCCAACAGCCCAGCCGUUCCCUGCCGAUGUUGCCAGGAGCAUGGGCCAGGCCUAGAAAACCGGCAGGACCCAGCACAGGACGAAGAGGGGGCUGCCUCUCCCUCAGACCCGGGUUGCUCCUCCUCUCUCAGCUCCUGCUCAGAUCUUAGCCCUGAUGAGUCCCCCAUCUCGGUCUACUCCAGGGACCUCCCUGGCAAUGAGGAUGUCCACCCUCAGCCCAGCAUCAUUCCUCUGGAGCAAGGCUCCCCACUGGCUUCUGCAGGUCCAGGCGCCUGCUCCCCAGACAGCUUUUGUUGCUCUCCUGAUUCCUGCUCUGAAGCUUCCUCUCCACCUGGCUCUGGCCUGGACUCCAACUGCAAUGCCCUGACCACCUGCCAGGACCUGCCUUCCCCAGGACUAGAGGAAGAGGAUGAGGCUGAGGAGCAGGACCUCCCUACCUCUGACCUCCUAGAGGCUGAUGAUGGGAAAAUCGAUGCUGGGAAAACCGAACCCAGUUGGAAAAUCAACCCCAUUUGGAAAAUUGACAAGGAGAAAACUGAAGCUGGCUGGAAAAUCACUGAGAACAAUAACUCUGAUUGGAAAGUCAAUGGGAAUAUUAACUCUAGCUGGAAAACUGAACCUGGAAAAUUCGACUCCGGUUGGAAGACCAAUACAGGAAUAACUGAUACGGGCUCCAAAACAGAUGCAGGGAAAACUGAUGGGGAAUGGAGAAGUGACGUCAGCAAGGAGCCGGUGCCCCACCGGACAAUCACGUCCUUCCACGAGCUGGCCCAGAAGCGCAAGCGGGGCCCAGGGCUGCCCCUCGUGCCGCAGGCCAAGAAAGACCGCAGUGACUGGCUCAUCGUCUUCUCGCCAGACACCGAGCUGCCCCCCACGGGGUCGCUCGGUGGCUCCCCGGCGCCUCCCCGGGAAGUCACCACCUUCAAGGAACUCAGGUCCCGAAGCCGGGCCCCGCCCCCGCCAGUCCCGCCCCGAGACCCCCCAGCUGGCUGGUCCUUGGUCCCGCCCCGGCCCCCACCUCCACCCGUCCCUCCACGGAGGAAGAAGAACCGACCUGGGCUGCAGCCCAUAGCAGAGGGGCAGCCCGAAGAGGGCAGGGCGGGGAGCCCAGCUGCUGGUGAGGAGGCCCCAGCCGCAAAGGAGCCGGAGGAACCAGGCCCGCAGGCCGGCGUUGAGGCCAGUCCCCUCCCGCUCCCUCGGCCUCUGGUUUUCCGGUUCUCGGCUGACGGGCGCCCCCUGUUGGAGGGUGGGGGCGCGGCCGCAGCUGGGUCUCUGCUCCUGGCGCCUCUGGCCGGCUGGCCCGGCGCUGGGCUGCGGCUACUGGGGGCGCCGAGUCCCCCAGAGGAGCAGCUACUGCCUGUCCGCCUGUCCCCGGUGGGGGCCAAUUCGCCUCCGGCCAGGGGGGACCUGCCUUGCCUGGCCAGCCCUGAGCUGGCACUGCUGCUGUCCCCGCUCUUUCCCAGAAGUAGCACCUUCCCCGCCGCGGCUUCCCCACUCCGCCAGGUACCCGCCCCCCCGCUGCCACGGCCACCUCGUCCGCCGAAGGCCCCUCGCUGGACCAGGAGCCCACCGCCUCCUCCCAGGCUACUCCGUAGUUCCUGGUCGUUUACCGGCGUCCCCGGGGACCAGCGACUGUGGAUGGCAGAAGCCCAGAGUGGGACUGGCCAGCUGCAGGAGCAGAAAAAAGGUCUCCUGAUAGCUGUCAGCGCUUCAGUGGAUAAAAUCAUCUCGCACUUUGGGGCCGCCCGGAACUUAGUGCAGAAGGUGAAGGCCCAGUUGGGGGAUAGCCGUCUGAGCCCAGAUGUGGGGCACCUCGUGCUGACCACCCUUUGUCCGGCCCUCCAUGCCCUGGUGGCCGACGGGCUGAAGCCUUUCCGGAAAGACCUCAUCACUGGGCAGCGCCGGAGCAGCCCCUGGAGCGUGGUGGAGGCGUCUGUGAAGCCAGGCUCCAGCGCCCGUUCCCUCGGAACCCUGUAUGGCCAGGUCAGCCGUCUGGCCCUGCUAAGAAGCAGCCGUAGCCGCUUCCAUGCCUUCAUCCUGGGCCUCCUCAACACUAAGCAGUUGGAGCUGUGGUUUUCCAGUCUCCAGGAAGAUGCAGGCCUGCUGUCCCUUCUGUACCUGCCCACCGGCUUCUUCUCCCUGGCCCAGGGCGGCUGCCCCUCCUUGUCCACGGAGCUGCUGCUCCUGCUGCAGCCGUUGUCGGUGCUCACCUUCCACCUGGACCUGCUUUUUGAGCACCACCACCACCUGCCCCUGGGCCUGCCUCAGGCCCCUGACCCCCCAGGCUCGCCUCCAGCCCUGCAGCAGACUGUGCAAGCCAUGCUGCACUGGGGGGGUCGGCUGGCCCAGAGCCUCCGGGGGGCUUCUGGGGAGACCCCUCCAGGCCCUUCGGCCCCCUCAAGCCCUCCUACCCCAGGCAGCUGGUGGGAGCAGCUGACCCAGGCUUCCCGGGUCUACGCCUCUGGAGGCACCGAGGGCUUCCCUCUUCCCCGAUGGGGAUCGAGGCAUCACAGGACUGCAACUGAGGUCGCACAGGAGAGGUCCCUGCCCGCAGAGGAAGCUGCACCAGGCAGAGGCGUAUGGCUGGGGAGACUGUUUGGAGUGCCUGGGGGCCUCACAGAAACUGAGAGUGGAGCCCCAAAGUCCAGGAGACCAUCCAGCUGGCUGCCCCCGACAGUGAGCGUGUUGGCUCUGGUGAAGCGGGGGGCACCUCCCGAGACUCCCUCUUCUCCUAAGGAACUUGAGGUCUCGGCACCCAGCACAGCGCAGACCCACAGGGCAGUCCGAGCUCUCUGUGACCACAAUGCUGCAGGACCUGACCAGCUGAGCUUCCGGCAUGGGGAAGUGCUGCAUGUCAUCGCGACUGUGGAUGAGGACUGGCUCCGCUGUGGGAAGGAUGGAGUGGAGGGGCUGGUGCCUGUGGGGUACACCUCUCUUGUUCUCUAGGCCUAGGACCUUUUCCUUUCCUGCACCUCUCUCCCUCCUGUCACCUGGGAAUGGAAUGGCCUGUGAGCUCUCCCCCAUGUAAACUGAUCAUCCCCGAAGUACUUUCCCUGUCUACAAAAUGACACUUUCCUCCCACGUCCAUUUCUGCUAACAUGUAAAAUAAACUUUCCUCCUUCCCUCCCAUCCCAUCUAUAAGGUGAAAUCUGCUCUUCUUCCAGAUGUAUAAAAAGGCAUUUCCCUCCAUGCAAUCUCUUUCCUCUUUCCAACCCGCAGUAGGGAAUAGCUCCCUAUCUGCAAAAUGCAAAUCUCGCCCCCCUCUAUCUUUUUCAUCUGUAAGUAGACUGUGGCAGUGCAGUGUAUGCCUCAGUUUCCAAGACUAGAAGGGCCUCUAGGCUUCUUCCUGUGUAUGGGAACUUUACCCACUUCACCCAUCCCAUGUUGCCUGUAUUUAUGAUAUACUCAUGCUGUACUAGGUGCUGAAGUCUGGACACCCCUGGCGGGUGGGCCUGUGGUGUCGGUCUGCCUUCUUCUUCCUUUGUCCCAAUAAAGAGUGGGAGUUGAACGUG